AUGAGAAGAAGAGAAAUAUACGAGGACAAAGAACCACUUCUCGAACCUGAAAAUGAGGUGCGCCAAAAAAACUGGGACGCCUUUCGAAACAAACCCAGGAAAAUCGACACCGGGUCCACAGCCGAGUCGAAAUUUAUCGACACAGGAGUGAGAAUUUUAAAAUGCUUCACCGUAACUAUUACCUUCAUUGUUGUGUUGGGAACAGCAGCUGUAUCAAAGGGAACGUUGCUGUUUAUGACUUCGCAGAUAAAGAAAAAUAUUACCAGGCCCUAUUGCAACCUGAAUAUAGAGGAAAACCAAAGGUUUCAAGUGACCCUACCGACUGAGGAACGGGUGGUAUGGAUGUGGUUGGUAAUGUUCGCGUAUAUGGUUCCAGAACUGGGUACCUUCCUACGAUCCGUAAGGAUAAUAUGCUUCAAAUCCUGGAGUUAUCCCACUUUCUGGGAUUUCUUUUGGCUUUUUAUUACGGAGACUUUACCAGCUAUCGGGAGUUCUCUCCUAGUCUUCAUCAUUUUUCCGGAAUUGGACGUGAUCAAGGCGGCGAUGCUGACCAACGCUGCGUGUUUCAUACCAGGGUUUAUAACUUUCUUCUCGAGACACCCGCAUUCCAUCAACAGCACCCUUAAACUGGUAUUGGAUAUAGUAGCCAUCAUAGCACAAGCUAGCGCCUUUGUGGUAUGGCCUCUAACAAACGGAGAAACCAUAUUGUACGUUAUACCAGUCAGUCUGAUUUUCAUUUCCUUCGGUUGGUGGGAAAACUUCGUGUCGGAGAAAAGCCCGAUACCUUACAUCAGUAAUUUGGCGAAAACCAAGAGGGAGUUCAAGAACAAAACCUAUUUCAUGUACGCCAUACUAGCCCCAUGGAAAUGCCUGGUGUUCUUCAUUACGACAAUUGUUAGCAUUAUAAUAAGGGAGGGAGACGUCGAUUUUUUGUUUUCGUACUUCGUCAAAGCUUUCCAGUCGCACAGUAUCAACGUCACUGAGACGGGACCAAGUAUUGGAAACACGAACCUGUCCUACCAAGACGCCGUCGCCAACGGAUUCGGCACGGUGAUAGAGACCUCAAUUUGGACCCCCCUAAGCGUGUUUAUAAUCAACGCGAUAUGCACGUACGUAUGCUACGCGUUUGGGAAAUUCGCGAGCAAAAUCAUGAUACAGACCUUCAGUUUCGCCCUCCCCAUAAACCUCACCGUGCCCGUCGUCCUGACUGGCCUGAUCGGCAUGUGCGGGAGAUACAACAGAGACGAAUGCGCUUACGUUCACAUAAUCCCCGAGUAUCUAUUCUUCAACUCCCCCUCUCUCUACUACUUGAACGAGUUCGUUUCGCAUCAGCACUCUUGGAUCUGGUUGAUUUGGUUGUUGUCCCAGUGCUGGAUCACGAUACACAUAUGGACGAACAACAACGAAAGGCUGGCGUCCACUGAAAAACUGUUCUUCAAACCCAUGUACGACGCCUUCCUCAUCGAUCAAUCCAUAGCUCUCAAUAGGCGGAAGAUCGAGGACGAUAUGAAGAAGCCCGAGGAAGUUAAUGAGAACGAGUCACCCCUAGAAAUGAACAAAGACAAAAUCACUCGUAUAUACGCUUGUGGAACAAUGUGGCACGAGACCAAAGAGGAAAUGGUGGAGUUCUUAAAAUCCGUUUUGAGGAUGGACGAAGACCAGUGUGCUCACAGGAUUGUCAGAAACUAUCUACAGUACAACUUACCGAACUACUACGAAUUUGAAACUCAUGUACUAUUUGACGACGCAUUUGUAAGGGUAACAGAAAACGAUCAGGAUCCCCACGUCAAUCAGUACGUCCUGGACCUGAUAGAAUCUGUAGCAGUAGCUGCUUCAGAUGUUCAUAAGACCAACGUAAGGAUAAAACCGCCCGUCAUAUAUCCAACACCAUAUGGAGGAAGACUGGUUUGGACACUGCCAGGCAAAACUAAGAUGAUAGCUCAUUUAAAAGAUGCAGACAAGAUUAGGAAGAAGAAAAGGUGGUCGCAGGUUAUGUACAUGUACUACCUUUUGGGAUACAGGUAA